AUGGCAGAACGAUCCUUCCUACGACUUCCCGGUGAGCCAGACAAUAACUGCUCACUGAUCUCGGAGUCACCUGCUUCUUCAAGACCACCUAUCGAGUACAUCCUUACGACAGAUGGUCUCAGAAUCUCAGAAACCUAUGCGGCAACCACCACUGUUAGAUCCGUCCCAGUUCUGAAGCGUGAGCUAUCAACAGUUCUCUUAAAGGAUACAUAUACUGAAGAAGAGAUGUUGCAAAAGAUUCAGAAGAUGAUUGAUCGCCAAAAAAGGCCUGGGUUUCUGGGAAAGAUUAAGAAAUUAUUUCUGCUUCAGGAUGAUAAGGAGGUGACAGUUGUUUAUAUGACUGCAGAAGAAGCGGCUUGGAGAAAGUUGAGAGUGGAGAAUCAUGUCAAGGCUGGUGGUUUUGUUGGUACUAGAGGAGGUUGA